AUAUGGAUCAUCACGAGUAGCCUCCUGCUUUAUUCCGUCGCAGAGUCUCUUGCAUCUGCUUUUUUUCUACGGCUGGACUGCUCUCGGAAAUCGCAGGUUAUGCCAUCCCAAAGGCUUCCUGGAUCCCCAGCCGUGAAAGAGAAGGGCUGAUAGCAGCUCCCUCCCCCACCCCCAAGAUCCUGCUGCUUUGCACCCCGUCUUUCCCUCAUUCCCCUGCUUAUUCCCCUUUCCCAGUCAUACUAGCCCCUUUUCCCUCCCCCAGCCAUACCUGACCUCACCCAACCAUCCCUGUCCCCUCUCCCUGACACACUAAGCCCUGUCCGCCCCCUCUAGGACAUCAUUCCAGCUGUGCCCACCCAUAUCACCCUAUUCCGAGUUACACCCAUCCAUAUCCCCCUAAUAAAACCCCUUACCCACACCCAGUCCAACGUCCUUAUCAAUCCCUAGGUUUCCUCACCCUCUCCCAGCUACUCCAUAGCCCCUUUGCCCCAGUCUCCCUCCCCUGUCAUAGAUCUAUUUCCUGCUUGCUGGCUGCAGCCCAGGCCCCAUGGCUACAGGAGGUCAUGCCCCUGAGACAGAUGUGUUGAUCAACCUGCAUCAGGUGAAGGUGGAGGAGGAGGAUGAGGAGGGAUCAGUGGAGGAGCAGGAGGAAGCUGAGGAGAGCUGGGAGAAGGCACUGUCUGUGGAGCGCUUCGGAGACAUCAUCAACGACUCUGCUUCCACCAGUGGAGAGAGGAUGGGCCGCCACUACAGUGAGAAGGACUUUGAAUAUCACAGACAUACAUUUCACCACACCCACCACCCCCUGUCCACCCACCUGCCCCCGCCCCAACGUUUACGCAAGAGGGUGCACGGCAAGGCGCAAGAAGCACGGCGCAAGAAGAAGCGGAAGAAAAAAAAGACCUCCGUGCCCCCCUCUGAUGUCACACCCACCAUCCAUGAGGUAGAUGAGGAAGAGGCGGAGUCGGACACGGAUGGGCAGGGGGUGGCUGCCACGCCCACCGAGCCACCGGACAGCCAACCACAGUUUAGUUUGGGGAGCCAAGAGGACUUGGGGGAAGCCCUUCCACUCACCACCUUCCACACGGAAAACGAAAAACACCCAGUGUCAGGGAAAGCCACGGUGACUCUGACGAAGGCGGAGACGCAUGAUGGGGGGACUGCUGCGAUCGGACACCACGAGGAGGAGGGAGAGGUAGAAGCAUGCAACAGUGUUCCCCAGGGGUCGGAUCCAUCAAGCAUAACUACAACCCGCGGCUGGUUCCGUAGGAAGCCCGUCCACCAUCGGCUGGCGGGGACCCAGCGGAGCAGCUACGACUUACGGGAGCGGAUCUGCAUCGGCAGCAUGACAGCUCUGGAGACGGCCGUCUACCAGCAGGUGCCCACCGAUGAGGCAGAGGCCCAGAUGCUGGCCAGCGCUGACCUGGAUGACAUGAAAAGUCAUAGAUUUGAAGACAACCCUGGGGUGAGGCGCCACCUGGUGAAAAAGUCGUCCCGAUGCCAGAUGUCCCGGACCAGCAACAGUUCCACACCACUAUCUAGCCUGAAGAAGAAGAAGAGGGCAGCAGAUAAGAAAACUCAUGAGGUGUUUGUGGAGCUGAAUGAGCUGAUUGUGGAGAAAGACCAAGAAAUGCGAUGGAAAGAGCGAGCUCGCUGGAUCAAGUUUGAGGAGGAUGUGGAGGAGGAAACGGACCGCUGGGGCAAACCUCAUGUGGCUUCGCUCUCCUUCCGCAGCUUGCUGGAGCUCCGCCGCACCAUCACGCACGGUGCCAUCCUGCUGGACCUGGAACAAAACACACUGCCUGGCAUUGCCCAUCUGGUGGUGGAGACCAUGAUCAUCUCUGACCAGAUCAGAGCCGAGGAUCGACCUAGUGUUCUCCGGGCUCUGCUCCUCAAACAUAGCCAUCCGAGUGAUCUGAAACACCGUUUUCACCGCCACCACUCGUCCACCAGUCUUCAUGGCAGCUUCAACCAUAACCAUGUCCAGGACACCAAUCUGCCAUUGGUGGCUGAAGAGCAUGAGGAGCACCACGAUAGCAAAGGGCCGGUAUACGACCCCAAACAAGAAGUGUUUGUGAGCCUGUUUAAAUCUCUUCACCCCGUGCCCCCCGAGAGCCAUCCAGCUGCCAGAUCCAUGAAACUCUUGGCAAAGAUUCCCAAAGAUGCUGAAGCUGUUAUUGUGUUAGUUGGCUGUGUUGAGUUUCUGGAGCAGCCUGCUAUGGCCUUUGUCAGGCUGAAUGAGGCAGUGCUACUGGAGUCGGUGCUGGAGGUUCCUGUCCCAGUGCGCUUCCUCUUCGUCCUGCUCGGUCCCUCUCAGUCCAACAUGGACUAUCAUGAGAUCGGACGCUCUUUCUCCACACUCAUGUCUGAUAAGAACUUCCAUGAGGUGGCCUAUUUUGCUGAUGACAGACAGGAUCUCCUGAAUGGUAUCAAUGAGUUCCUGGACUGCAGCAUCGUCAUCCCGCCCUCUGAUGUGGCAGGCAAGGACCUCCUGAAGACGGUGGCUGAUUUCCAGAAGCAGAUGCUGCGUAAGAGGAAGGAGAGGGAGCUCAAGAGGCACCAGUCCUUCUCACCCGGGACAGAGCAGGACAACAAAGAGGUGAGUCUAGAGGAGGAGGAGGAGGGAGAACAGGAGGUGGACCCCCUGAAGCGCUCAGGGAUUCCCUUUGGAGGCCUGAUCCACGACAUUCGCCGUCGAUACCCACACUACGUCAGUGACAUCAAGGACGCCCUGGACGUGCAGUGCAUCGCUGCAGUCAUCUUCAUCUAUUUUGCUGCGUUGUCACCCACUAUAACCUUUGGAGGUUUGCUGGGGGAGAAAACAGAAGGCAUGAUGGGAGUGUCUGAGCUUAUCGUUUCCACUGCAACUCUUGGAGUUAUAUUCUCGCUUCUAGCUGGCCAGCCUCUUCUCAUUAUAGGCUUCUCAGGACCCUUACUGGUGUUUGAAGAAGCCUUCUACAAGUUUUGUCAAGCCCAGGGUUUUGAGUACCUCACCGGCCGUGUGUGGAUUGGUUUUUGGCUCAUCUUCAUUGUCCUGGUAAUUGUGGCAGCAGAGGGUAGCUUCCUAGUUCGCUACAUCUCCCCCUUCACCCAGGAGAUCUUUGCCUUCCUCAUCUCCCUCAUCUUCAUCUAUGAGACUUUCUCUAAACUCAUUAAGGUAUUUCAGGAGCAUCCACUUAUGGCAAGCUACCCCCCUACGACCUCCCAACCACCUACCCCACAAUCAGACAACCAAAUGGAUGCUGGGCCCCCGGCUGGCGAUCCCAUCCUUAACCAGCCCAACACUGCUCUGCUGUCUCUGGUCCUCAUGAUGGGCACUUUCUUUGUGGCCUUCUUCCUCAGGAAGUUCCGAAACAGCCGAUUCCUUGGUGGAAAGGCCAGAAGAAUUAUUGGUGACUUUGGCAUCCCCAUUUCUAUCUUGUUUUCAGUAUUGGUGGAUUACUCCAUUCCUGAUACUUACACCCAGAAACUCAACGUACCAUCAGGCUUUUCAGUCACGUCUCCUGACAAAAGAGGUUGGUUCAUCAGUCCCUUUGGUGACAAGCAAGCCUUUCCAACCUGGAUGAUGGGGGCAUCUAUUGUGCCCGCCCUCCUUGUCUUUAUCCUCAUCUUCAUGGAAACCCAGAUCACCUCGCUUAUAGUCAGUAAGAAGGAGCGUCAUCUGGUCAAAGGCUCCGGCUUCCACUUGGACCUGCUCCUGAUUGUCACCUUGGGUGCCAUCUGUCCCCUCUUUGGCCUGCCAUGGCUCACUGCUGCCACUGUGCGCUCGGUCACUCACGUCAAUGCCCUCACAGUCAUGAGCAAGGCCACAGCACCUGGUGAAAAGCCCAUGAUCCAGGAGGUGAAGGAGCAGAGGGUGACAGGGCUUGUUGUGGCUGUGCUUGUUGGCAUGUCCAUCGUCAUGACAGAUGUGCUCCGCCUCAUCCCACUGGCUGUGCUCUUUGGCAUCUUCCUCUACAUGGGCAUCACCUCUCUGACGGGCAUCCAGUUAUAUGAACGCAUCACACUCAUGGUCACUCCUGCCAAGCACCACCCUGACCACAUCUAUGUCACCAAGGUGAAGACAUGGCGUAUGAACAUGUUCACCAUCAUCCAGCUGGUAUGUAUAGUGGCUCUCUGGGUAGUGAAGUCCACGGUGGCCUCCCUGGCUUUCCCCUUCAUCCUCAUCAUGACCGUGCCGCUGCGCCGCCUCAUCCUCUCCAGGAUUUUCGAGGAGCGUGAGCUCCAGGCGCUGGACUGCGAUGAGGAUUCUCCCAACUUUGAUGAAGAUGGUCGAGAUGAGUACAACGAGAUUCACAUGCUUGUCUAAAAACUGAACAGAGCCAGUAAGACUUUGUCCACCCUCCAGCACUAACCAGUCACAGCAAGCCUCUUUGGAAACCUCAGUGUCUCUGGGUAGCGGUAAAAAAGUGAGAGGAGUCAAUGGAACAGCCUUUGUUAAAGAUAUAUAAAAAGAAAAGAACUUUUACCUGGAUAAUCCGUACUUACCUUUGUUUCUCCAAAACACCAUAGGACCCAACCUAAUGUUCCAUCUUUGUAGUUGUUGUGUUAACCUCCAUGAGCAUAUAAUUGUCUCAGACACCGGUGAAGAGCUCUGUGCAUCCUACCUGAAGUGUGUAACAUGGACAUUGUACGUCUAAGCAAAACACUUGAGCUCACAUGAACACUUUAUCCAACAUUUUGUCCUUUUUCCCUUUAAACUCUCUACAGGUUCUGGGCAUAAGUGCAAUGAUGAUGGUGACCUCUAGAACUACACUAGGUUGGUUGAGUUUGAUAUUUUUGGGGGAGGUCAGAAGUAGGGUUUGGGUCAAUUCGCUUUCAAUUCAGUCAGUUCAGGAGGUGGACACUGGAGAUGUUUUGGCCAUUGAAACUUCUUACAUCUUACCUCUCUGUAUCUAAAACAACUGAUAAUGAACGUUGUAUCAUGUUUAUUUGAAUUGCAGUUUCAUUGUUCAGUGCUUAAGCGAACUGACCCUAAACCUGCUAGAAAGUGUAGUGGUGCAGGAUAGCCAGCUGAAAUGAAGUCCACUGCCUAUGUAGUUUAGCUGCCUUGUUCCUUUAUACUACUGCCAUUGCCUAUAUGUUGCAAUGAUGUGCAAGCAGAGACUUGAGUAGUCCUCUUCCUUUCUGUACAGACUCUUAGCAAUGAGCACUUUGACCGGGCAGAAGUUCACUUUUGUUACCACCUACCUAACUCUCUGACAAAAAGCCUCUAAAUGUUGUCUCCCCUGGAAGCCACAAUUCAGUGGAGACUGGGCAAGCUUCUUCGAGGGGUGCCACUGUACUUUGUUGGUGUUGUAUACCCGACAUACUAGCCCACUGACCCCCUUAUUGUGACCGUGGAUAUACAAGUAAAUUAGCUAUAAUGGUCUCAAUCUUAUUUUCCUAUUUUGUGUUAUCUAUUUAUUAUAUGACCUUUGAAAUGAAUUACUAUCAUGCCAGAUUCUCAGAGAUUUUAGACACCAAAUAGCUAAACAGUAUGAAAUCAAAAAAGGUUAUUGUGUAGGCUUAAAUACACUAAAUAGAAAAUCAGUCACUUUUUCAUGCAUACAUUCUUCCGCUCUGCAAGCUUUCCAUAGCGUUGUGCAUAUUUCACAGAUGUCAUGAAUUAUAUUUUUAACACGCUUCACUGGAAAAGCAUAGAAACUAAGCAAACACAUAAGCACUGAAAGUGUUCCCAUAGAACCAUGGGGAACCAUUGAGUGUUGGCGAGAUUUAUGAAUGAUGCAUUGUACACUAAGUCUGCGAGUUUGGAAUUAUAAUGUAUAUCUCAAAUGACUCUGUGUUCAGUUGUUUGAGAUAUUGAGAGCUUUUCACCUCCUAUAAUGCAGACCAAUAUAGUUUAAUGAGGGUUUUUUCACACAGCAUUUUCCAAAAUAUAAAUUCAGCCACAUGGAAAGGCCUGUUGUUAGAACUGCAUUACAGGAAAAAGUCAUAAUGCCCAAAAUUUCAAGUGUAAGUUUGUUUCCACAUUUGUGUGAAUGCUGCUUUGAGUUACGGUAGGUGGUGAGGUGCAAAACAAGCCAGUGAGAUUUCACCAUGACACAUAUGUUGGAGUAUGCUCCAGCAAACAUUCCCAACACUGUAUGAAUGUCAGAUUUAUGUUUGUGAAGAAAAAAUGUGAGGCUUGACGUGAAACAGUCAGCUGAAGUUUCUGGAAUGUCCUGUGAUGGUCAGUUUUCUCAAACAUAACGGUAAUAAACUCGACUGGACUGGAUAUCAGUAAAUGCACCUGGCCUGGGUUACACUGUGAAUCACAAGCAUUUGAUAGUCAACUGUUCCUCUGGCAGCCUAACUGUAGUGCAAACAGAUCUACUGAAUCCUCAGCUACCACAUUCAAGGGUGUUAAGAGUGAUGUCAGAGCAAACUGAGCAGAUAAAGGUAAAAUAACACCUUAAAAGUAGCAAUGCUAAUAGAUGAGUGGAACCAUCUCACGCUUUAAAGUACUCACAGAAGGUGCUAGAGGAAAAGGAUAAAGUAGGUCAUAAAUUCAUUUGUUGAUAUUACAGUAAAUGUGAAAUUUGUAGUGGAGAUACUGUGCAGAAGCCCUCUGCCAUUGUAAUAAAUAGCAAUGCUGCACUGAGAUGUGAGGGAUGCCCACCUUAAAUGGCAGAGACACUUGCCCAGCUGUAAUGCACCACACUGUAAAGUUACGAGAUUUGAAGGACUCCAUGUUAGAAAUUGCACAUCAGCAGUGAAGAUCUUUCCAUUGAAAAAGGUACAUUGAGUGUUCACUGAGAAUACAACUGAACAGAGCCAAAAUUCAUCAUGCCUUCUUGUAUUGCAUUCACCGGGUGUUUCUAUUGCUGCAGGCAUACAGUACAAUCAACUGGAGUAUAGAAAACCCUUCCAGAGGAUUUAAGUGUUGUGUAGGCUGCAAGCCAUAUUUGGUUUUUAUGGAUUACCUAAUAUACAAUGGUUUUUGCAUGUAUAAUCCAGGAAUUACAAUUAGGAAUCACAGUGUAUCUUGUGUCAGAUAACCAUGUCCCUAAAUUAUGAGACAUGCAAGGAUUCUGUCUCACGGGAAACUGACCUUUGAUCUGUAAAUAUUGCUCCCCAACCUUUAGUUUGUUGUCCCAUUUGUGUACAUAAAGUGACCAUGGGAAUGUAACAGUUGCCGUCACAGGGAGCAGUGUGGCCUACAAUCCACACUCAUCUCCCAUACAAUGGAGAAAAAGGGGUCAAGUGAUAAGAGUAAAUUUGCUUAUUCAAAGAAAAAAAAAUUACAAGCUGUACUUUUGGUUCUCUAAAUCAGAUCCACACAAAUGACUAUUUUCUGAGGGGGAUUUUACAGAAAGUUUAUCUUUUGCCCCACCGCGUUCAUGACAUUAUUGAAUGUGAACGGUUGGCCUUUAACGGCUGUGUUUUCAGGGAAGUCAUUUUGCUAGUUAUGUUUUUGGCUGCGGAGUCCUCUUUGCAGCUGCUGUGUCUCAGAGGGAGCAGUGCUGGUUCUUACCCAGCCUAGGCUAAUGGUAAUUUGGUCCUUGAACAUCUGACAUGACUUCUGACAUGAGUCAAUUGGCCGCAAUAGCUGCCCUUAAAAGCCGUAAGCUUCUGCGAUGGGUAUCCAGUGCAUCUAUUCCUCUUCUCUUUGUGUAGAACAGAGUUUUGCAGGCAGAUUGUCCUGAUCCACAACGGAGAAAGAGGAAAAGACACAACCGGUCAAAGGUCUUUGUUGUCUUAGAAAACAAGUGUGGAGAGCGUUGAAGCCCAACAGAUCCACGUGCGCUUGUUAUGACAAGAAUUGGUGUGGUGGUAUGUGUGGAACGGCGUGGUCUAUAGACGAGGGAGAACAGGCAGGCAUACGCUCAGCAAAACAUCCUUUCAGUAUUCAAAAGAAAAAAAAACUGGAAGUGUGGUUAUUAUUUGAGAUAAUACAAGAUAUAGUACAGCCAGUCUGUCCUGUCUGGGUGCUAAACGUUGGAACACGCGAGAGGAAAAGAAAAAUAGUUUUUUUGAGCCUUGAAAAGCCUUGCCAUGUCAACGGUUUGAGUGCACAACAUUUCGUCGCCUAAUACCACCAUGCUAGCGGCGCAGACCACCCACCCAAAUCUACGACUUGUCUCUGUUAUUUUUGAACCUCUUUUACCUCAACAUUAUAGCUUUGAGUAAAGGCGUCUGGGGAUCUUGGAGGUCUAGGGUAUGGAAUAGCGUAUUAUGUUCAAUCACAGAGGCCCUUAUAAAAUCGUAAAUCAGAUAUGUAUGCAACUAGAUCACUCGUUAUAACCAUUUCCUAGCUUUAUUUAUGCACAGUAGGAAGUUUGCUAGCACUGAUAUUCUUUACAGGCAAAAGCAGCAAAAAUCAUAGUGUGUAGUAUUGUUUUGGAUACCAUAGGAGCGCCAUUGAUUUCUCAUUAAUUGUGCUCACAUACCAGUGGAUCAGUUCCUUCAUUCAUUUUUCUCUUCAUGGUCACAUCUUGUUAAUGAUCUCCCUUGUUGUAAAUGAAGUGCUAUCCAGUGGUAUGUUGGAUUUUUAGUGACAGACUUGUGAUGCCAUCUGUAUGGACCUUUUUUUUUUAAUUUAUUUAUUCAAUGUCACUGUCUAAACAAAAAACGGUUUUACUCCAUUGGUGUUAUGGGAAUUAUAUUUUUCACGGGAACACCUAGUAUUUCCACACACUUGCUACUCAAAUCUCAGAUUAAAGCCAUGGUUUCCAUAAAACCAGUUUAUUUCAAUGCACUGUUGGGCUGUUUUGAUGAUACACAACUGGUCUUUAUGCGGUCUAAAAACAACAAGUCCUUUUCUGUAUAUUGAUUUGAUGAUAAAUUAUGAGACGAUUUAGCAUUAGCAAUACAGACUGGUACUCUGGUUGUGUGGCUAGUUGAAUAGCAGGUCCAUCCUGUUGUUGCUGUAAAGAUGUUUUCAAAGAACUGUAAAACAAAUUGUUAUUUUUUUGUCUGAAAUAAAUAUUUAUUAUGUGUUUCAAAUA